CGGGCCCCCUUUAUCCCUUUGGGUGCGGGGCCCUAGUGGCCUUUUCGCGGAAUUGCCGCGCCAUAGGGGCUGGGCCGCACUGGGCCUGGGGUCCGCUCGGACCGCCCAAACUGCGCGGUUGCCCGGGAGCUGGCGGAAAGGAGGCGUCGGGGUACCGGCUGCAGCCCUCGCAGCCUGGUUGCGGUCGUCUUCUUAACCCAGGUUCUUUUUUGUCCCUGUUCUGCAGGCUCGCUUCCGGCGUCAUGGCUCAAAGGGCCUUCCCGAAUCCCUAUGCCGAUUAUAACAAAUCCCUGGCCGAAAGCUACUUUGAUCCUGCCGGGAGGCUGACUCCUGAGUUCUCACAAUGCUUGAGCAAUAAGAUUCAGGAGCUUCUUCAGCAAAUGGAGAGAGGCCUGAAGUCAGCAGACCCUCGGGAUGGUACAAACUACACUGGCUGGUCAGGUAUUGCUCUGCUUUACUUACAUCUCCAUGAUGUGUUUGGAGACCCUGCCUACCUGCAAAUGGCACACGGCUAUGUAAAGCAGAGUUUAAACUGUUUGACCAAGCGUUCCAUCACCUUCCUUUGUGGAGAUGCAGGCCCUCUAGCAGUGGCUGCUGUGCUGUAUCACAAGAUGAAGAAUGAGAAGCAGGCAGAAGAUUGCAUCACACGGCUAAUCCACCUAAAUAAGAUUGAUUCCAAUGUUCCAAAUGAAUUGCUCUAUGGACGAAUGGGCUACAUCUAUGCUCUUCUUUUUGUGAAUAAGAACUUCGGAGAGGAAAAGAUUCCUCUAAGCCUUAUUCAACAGAUUUAUGAAACAGUUUUAACCUCUGGAGAAACCCUGGCUAAAAAGAGAAACUUCACAGCAAAGACGCCACUGAUGUAUGAGUGGUACCAGGAGUAUUAUGUGGGGGCUGCUCAUGGCCUGGCAGGAAUUUAUUACUAUCUGAUGCAGCCCAGCCUUCAGGUGAGCCAAGCGAAGUUGCAUGGUUUGGUCAAGCCCAGUGUAGACUAUGUCUGCCAGCUGAAAUUCCCUUCCGGCAAUUACCCGCCAUGUGUGGACGAUACUCGAGAUCUGCUUGUCCAUUGGUGUCACGGUGCCCCUGGAGUAAUCUACAUGCUCAUCCAGGCCUAUAAGGUACUGUGUGUUCAAGAGGAAAGUAUCUCCCAUGAUGCCUAUCAGUGUGCUGAAGUGAUCUGGCAAUACGGGUUGCUGAAGAAGGAUUAUUGGGCUGUGCCACGGUGCUGUGCAGGGAAUGCCUACGCCUUCCUGACAUUGUACAACCUCACCCAGGACAUGAAGUACCUGUACAGGGCUUGUAAGUUUGCUGAAUGGUGUUUAAAUUAUGGAGAACAUGGAUGCAGAACACCGGAUACCCCCUUCUCCCUCUUUGAAGGAAUGGCUGGAACAAUAUAUUUCCUGGCUGACCUGCUAGUCCCUAGGAAAGCCAAGUUCCCAGCAUUUGAACUUUAAAAGGAAAGCAUGCCCCUGCAACUCACUGCAUGACCCUCUCUGCAUAUUCACACCUGGGCUAAAUGCUUUCAUUGCUUUUCAGCAAAACUUAGAAUUAAACUGGGUACUUGAGUGAGUUGAUUUUUUCUCCAA